UUCUCUCUCUUGUUUCUUCAUUUCCUCUCUCUCUCUCUCUAACUUUCUUCCGAAUUUCAGACCUAAAAAAAUGCGAGCUCUCUUCCAUUUCUUCCCAAGUCCAAUCCCCGCCCAAUCGCGAUGAAUUCGCGAGCUUCUCAUCGAUCGAAUGAAGACUGUUUGAUCUCGCUGAAGGAUUUUGCUGGGUCGAUAAAUCAGCGGUGCCUUUUUUUGAUCUGAUUUGCAAAAAAAUUGUCCUUCGAUUUCCGAUUAAGGUUAUUUUGAAAUGGAUAAUAGUAUUGUGGCGAUGGAAGAAAGUCACGAAAGAAAUGAUUCUCCGGUUUCUGCAUCAAAGUCUGUAGGAUCAUUUGUUCAGAUUAACUCUAUAGCUAUAGAUCUCAGUUGUGCCAUGGAAGAGACCGAGUCACAGUUGCACGAGCAUUUUUCAAUACGUGGUUUUGUUGCUGGAAUGCGGAAAAAAGACCCGAAGACGUGUUUUCCCUUUUCUUCACAAGGUGUAAAUGAUGAUUUGGUCGAUGAUCUACCUCCACUAUCUGUUCCCAAAUUCAGAUGGUGGCAGUGUCCGGCCUGUGUCUCAAACUUCUCUGCUGAGAGCACUGGAUUAGAGAUGGUGCUUGCAGACAGAAAUGAUGCUGGCACAAGUUCUUGUCAGCAUGUUGAUCGAGAAAACGAAUUUUUGUUCUCUCACAGCAGACGAAAUAUAGGAAAUUCACAUGUUUUAAGGAGGUCUAUAGAUGGGGAAGACAACAAUCCACAUAACAAAAUAAAAAAUGCUGAUUCAAAGUGCAAGGAUCAUAAAGCUAGCACAAGAAGCAAAGAGAAAACAGAUGUACGGAAUGACAAAUAUGGGGCUUCAUAUGCUGAUAUAAAAAGAGCUAAUCCAAUCCAGAUUUUAGAGAGAAACAAUAACAAUGCAGAUGUGCCUGAUGAAAGAAUAGCUGAGAAUGCUUCAUUCAGACUUGAUGAGCCAGAUGAUGUAUCGUUUCCGAGUGAUGCUGCAGGUGGUGUGUUACCACGUAGGAGAAAACAGAAGCUGCGCUAUCUGGCUGAUAUAAUGAAGGUAGAAAAAAAAUCUAUGAGGGAACACAUUAAAGUGAGGUCUGCUUUGUCCAGUGGGAAGCAGGUCACAUCUACGGAUAAGGAAGAUGAUUCACAUCAUCAUUCUGAGUUAGAGACAUCUGCAGAGAUGGCAACAGUAACUAUAAGUCCUCAUAGGAGAAGAAAGAUUGCUGCUGAAGAAUACAGACGACCUCCUCAAGUAGCUAAUCCACUAGGUAAAGCUAAAAGAUUCAAAUGUCCGAUUCCAGGUUCAGAUAAAAAACGCAGGAUGCUUCUACAAUCUGAUUCAGAGUCGGAAGGAGAUGGCUCUCCACAGUCGGAUUUGCAACUUAGUGCAAAGACUCAACAGAACAAGCCCAGAAGAAAUAGAGCUCUUGGAAUCAAAAGAACGAUGGAGCAUAUUCAUGAUGACAACGGAAUGCUGAUAAGAGACUUGCCGCCAGUGACAAAUGCUAAGUUCCUGGAAAACACACAGAGGCAUUGUGAUCCGGACAAAACUGGUUGUGGUAAUAUGGAGAAUGUCCCUCCUGCCAUAAGAGGAGAAAUUGCACCACAUUUGAAUAAUUCAAUAUCUGGAAAAGAAGUGGAUAGAACCUAUGAUAAGUCCACAAGUAAGAGACAUGAAGGCGAAGUUGAUAGACUUCUCGUGCCUCCAAGAAAUAACUUUACGGGAGACUGCAACGUUCAAGGGAAAGUUGUGUUGGAGCUUUCACUGAACAGCUAUGCUGAUGCUGAAAAAAACUCAAACAACCAAAUGUCUGGUAGGCAGCAUAGGGCCAUUCCGGAUCUGAACGAGUCAUUUACGGAAAAAUCAUCUUCAACUCAAUGGAAUCCGAUGUUAACUUCUGAGAAUAGGUGUUCACCUGAGUACAUGGAUAUGGCUGGAGAAGGAAAAGGACAAUUCAGAGUGUCUGAGCCACAGGCCAUCCAAAACAGACAUAGCAAUGUAGAAUCUGGUGGGACUUCAGAUGAUAUACCUAUGGAUAUAGUCGAGCUUUUGGCCAAGAAUCAACAUGAAAGGACACUCGGAAAUUCGAGGAACCAUCUCCUUGAUUUUACCACCAACAAUUCUGUUAGAGGGUCUCCCCAUGUCUACACCGAUGGACAUCCAGGCAUCAUCAAUUUUCCUCUAGCUAAUGCAAGAAGUGGUAUUAGCAUUACAAGUGGCAAGAAAGGACCCGGCCAAGGAAGCUUGAGUUUCCCGCAGGUGAAAAAUUGUCAGUUGGACAGAGGCAGCAUGGGGGAGAACCAAUUCAGCCUUUUUAGCUCAUUUAAACCUUGUUACCCGAAGAAAGCACAGAACUCGGCCUCAAAUUCUCUCUAUCCAGGAUCUACACCUAGUGAAGGGACUGACCUAUUAUGGGCUCCAAGGAGGAAGAAUGUGCCUUUUCAUCUUGAUGUUCGAACGAACCACUCUGUUCAGUCAAAUGGCAUGGAUAUGCAGUCAUUCCCCAGCCAAAGUUACAAGGGGAAGACUAUAAGUGAAAUGAAGGAUGAGUCAAGAAGAGCUUUACAUGAUGCUUCUGCAGUGAAAGAGGGUAUAACCGGGUCGAGCACCAAGUCUGCAGGAUCUAUGGAUGCUUAUACAAAUGAUGCAAUUCCAGCUAUGCAGUUACUGUCCUUGAUGGAUCGUGGAACUGAAUCAGGGUCGACGUACAGAGUUGGUUUAAAUAGUUUUCUUGACAAACCUUUCGCUCCCUGCAACCACCAUCCACGGAUUAAUUUAAGUGAAAACCAGAACGACUCGUUCCUCAGUAGAUCUUUCUUCUCACAAGGUAGCCGCAGUAAUAAAGACUUCCCUACAUUACUCAAUGGUGUCCGUUUUCCUGGUGAAACCUCAAGCUGGAAAAAAACCUAUGCUCAAGAAAACAAGCCUCCACCACGAGGAAACAGUAAUGCCUUCAACCCAAGCAGCUUGGAUAAUCCUCUAACUCGACCAUCAAGACGCAACGUGGCAAUGGAAAUUUGCAGUAUCAACCGGAACCCUGCUGAUUUCAGCAUUCCUGAUGCAAAGAAUGAGUAUACUAUAUCUUAUAAAGAUUUGAAAGCAAAAAAAGGGAAUUCUCUGAAGCAAAGAUCUCGGGGCCUGAAUUUGGAGGGGUUGAAAAGAGGAAGAGCGAGAAAAUAUGCACCCGGUAGACAGUAUUCAAGAGAAUAGCUAGAGAUAACCUUAUGGCAUUGUUCUUGCACCCCCCGUCUGCACCUCCUCCCCGUGUUAAAGUUAAUUAUGCUUCGCUAGUUGGUGAAGUAAGACAGAGUUAAUGCUUUUCUUUCUAUGGGAUCGAUCUCUUUAGUUUUGUUUCCUUAAGGUGAUUUGUUUUUUUCAGAACAUGUUACUCAGAUUCAGACCAUAUCCAAAAUUUGCAUAAAUAACAUCAAAGUUAGCGUUCGUGUGUGUA